CGAGUCGUGGCCAGUAUAUAAGCCGACGGUGCUGAGCCCUUAGCAUCACUUCCCUUGCACUUUUCUCUGUGUCAUCUACAACCCCCAACGCAAAAAACAAAAUGGCUUCCCUUAAGCUUGCUCUCGCCGUCGCCUUCGCCGUUGUCGCUGUCGUCGCAUCCCUGCCCAGCGACGGUUAUGGCAAGGAACCUGGAAUGCCCUACGACUUCGCCUACGCCGUCAAGGACGACUACAGCGGCAACGACUUCGGCCACAACGAGAACUCCGACGGCAACGUAGUCAGCGGCGAGUACUACGUCCUCCUCCCCGACGGCCGCCGACAGAUCGUGACUUACACCGCCGACCACAACACCGGCUACGUCGCUGAUGUCAGAUACGAGGGCGAGGCCACGUACCCCGACCCAGCUCCCAAGGGUUACGGCCAGUAAUGGAACCGCAUGAGAUUCGAACCCGCCCGCCUGCAGACGACGAUUCAGUUCUCUUUAAUGGUGAAAUCGGCCUCGUCACAGUCAGAUUACAUGAACUUCAUCGUUAAUUUGUAUGUUUUUGUUUUCGUUUUGUUUGCAAGCAACUGGAAGCACAUUGCCCAUCGAGGGAGUCCUCCGUCUAUUGUUUUUAAACUCUGAAUGCUUAAUACGUUUCAAUCCAAUGUUUCAGUGUUCGAAGCGUGAUUUCUGAUCAUUCUCCGAUUCGCUUUUGUUCUUUGAUUUUUAAAAAACUCAAAUUGCUUAUACGGAAACAAUAGUUCCUGUGCCAUUCUCUCCUAAUCACUGCAUGCUCUUGAAAACGACUGUAAAUAACGAAUAGAAAUAUUGUAGCAUUCUACUACCCUCUGCCUUGAACUGUACAAGCACUUUCUUUCCAGUAUCGGAAAUAUUUUAAGUCUGUAACCCAUCGCAUUAUUUCUAGACUAUCCCCUACUAUACGCUCUUUUCGUAAUUUGUAUAAACUUCGUGUAUAUACCAAAAUUGAAAUAUUUUCUACCAGUCAAGUGAUUGCCUAGUCACACCAAAUAUGUUUUUCUAACUGACCAGCCUGCUGAGGCUUUGUAUACAGAUUAUAAUAAAUCUUAUAGAUACCUAU